AUGGCCGCCGGCUCCUCCACUGAGGUCGGCCCCCAGGACAUGUUCCGGCCUUGUUUUGGGUACAUAUUUCUGGAGUUCAAGGACAGGGCAGCAGCAGAGGAGGCAGUGAGGCAGAGGAACAAUUAUAAGCUAAACAAGCAGCACACGUUUCUCUAUCAGAACACCAAGAGUGAGUCUGGAAGGAAGGUCCAGAUACAGAACAUUAAUGCUGGCAAGAUGAUUGCCGACGUCAUCCGCACCUGCCUGGGCCCUCGUUGGAUGCUGAAGAUGCUGAUGGAUCCGAUGGGGGGCGUGGUGAUGACUAACGAUGGUAAUGCUAUUUUGAGGGAGAUUACUGUGCAACACCCUGCCACCAAGCACAUGAUUGAGAUUGUGCGCACCCAGGAUGAAGAGGUGGGUGACGGAACAAGCAGUGUGGUGAUCCUGGCAGGGGAGAUGUUGGCGGUGGCUGAGCAGUACCUGGAGCAGAACAUGCAUCCGCUUAUCAUCAUUCAGGGGUACAGACAGGCCCUCGACCAUGCUCUGGAGGCCCUUAAAGACACCCUCAGAUCCCGGGAGGGGCCAUCGAAGAGAGCUGUGUGCUGGACGGGAUCAUGAUAAACAAGGAUGUGACCUAUGCAAAGAUGAGCAGGAAAGUAGACAACCCUCGUAUCAUUCUCCUUGACUGCCCGCUGGAGUACAAGAAGGGCGAGAGCCAGACUUCGUUGGAAAUGACUGCUGAGACGGACUUUACGAGAAUUGGUGAUGAAUAUUUUACAUUUAUCACCAAGUGCCAGGACCCCAAGGCAUAAACGGUGCUGCUCAGGGGACCCAGCAAGGAUAUCGUGAAUGAGGUGGAGAGGAACCUUCAGGACGCCCUUGGAGUGGCCUGGAACUUGGCCCUGGAGCCCCGUCUGGUCCCUGGGGGCAGUGCGGUGGGCAUGGCAGUCUCUAACUUCCUACAGCAGAAGGCCAAGGGGGUGUCAGGGGUGAGGCAGUGGCCCUAUUCUGCUCUUGCCCAGGCUCUUGAGGAUGGAGACGUUAGGAUACCACACGGAGGGGGGUGAAGGAGCCUUGGGGAUGCCUGAAGGAGCAGCAGUGAAGGAGGGAGGCCUAGAGAUGAAGGAAAUGCAGAAAAUUCCUGCAAUACUGAACGCUUCUCUGGUCAGACUAUCCUUCACUGAAUAUUUGGACCGAGGCUUCGAGAUACGAGCUGAGCAUCUGUUUUGUUUUAUUGUUUUGAGGCAGCUUUAAGUGUUUUUAGGUGUUUUUAGGUUGUUUUAAGUAUUUUAGGUUUGUGGAAGGAAAGAGAAAGCUUAAAUACAGUAAUAAGGCCAAAAAAAAGGCUUAAAUUGAGAGUUUUAAAGUCAGCCUAGCGAAUAUUAAGCUGUUUUAAGUAUUUUAAGUUACCAGAAGAGAGGAAGCUAAAAUUUAAUACUACGAUAAGGAAAAAGCAUAUUUCUUGCAUUAGGAAGAGAAAAGCUUAUUAUUAUUGACGUUUUUUAUGAAUUUCUUUUGAUUUUAUAUUCAGUUUAUUUAUUUGUCAUUAUUUUUUAAGAUCAUUUGUUUAUUUUCUUUAUUUUUCGCUCGUUUUCAUAAUAGGAAUGUUUAAUUUUGAAUGUAUAUUUUCAUUUUUCUUUUUUUUUUCACUUAUUCGACUUAAUAUCCAGUUUAUUUAUUUAUUAUUACUUCUUAGUGUGUCUAAGUACUUACAAGGAUCAUUUAUUUAUUUAUUAUUAUUUUUAUUUUAUUUUCCUUACGUUUUUUUUUUUAUAAUGUGAACUUAUUUCAUCUAUAUUCCCGUUUUCUGUUACUUGUUCAUGCCAGAGGUGACAAUAAACAUGAAGAUUA